UAUAUGAGCACUCUAUGUAAAUGUUAAGGUGGAACCUUAAAAGCUGCUCACUUCAUUAAGGUAUGCUCCAAAUUCGCGCAUAUUGUGUUACCGGUCUUAUCAAAGCGGAGAGAGCCGGGACGUGCGCGUCCCAUUAGAGAAGUUUCCCGAAACUUAUCAAAUUAUCUAAUCAUUUCAUAUCCUAAUAAAGAAGUUCGCAUUACCCAUCGAAUCGUUCUUAAUAAUUGAUUCACUUGCUCAAGAAAUCGGGAGUGACCUAAUUACCUAAGGUGGCAGUUAUGGCCAACUGGAGGACCGACGACCGCUCUAAAUAUACGAUAAGGAAGCUAUCACCCUGCUGGUUAUCGGUGCGGCUAACAUAAGACCAACCGUUCAUGAAUAGUUAAAAUGUUAACCUCUUAGGAAAUGUUCACACGUACGACAAAAAUACACAACCAACGUCAACCGCGAUUCCGGCGGCAAACUCGAUAUUCGAAAUUCAGCAAAGCUAACUGCUACAUAAAACAUUGCGGAUUCAGUCGCCGAUAGACUUGUUGUUUAAAUAAAAAUCAGUUUCACGGGAUGUGCAAGCUCUUUAGAUGUUCGUGUGAGCUUGGGCUUAUUGUGAUGGAGGCAUGCGCGGUGCGCGGCUGGCAGGGAAGCGAGGCUCAGUGGCUCUCGGCGCGAGGAGCGGCACGCGCGCGACCCGCCGCCGGCACACACCGCGUGCCUACUUACGUAAGUCACGUGAAAAAUAUAAAUAAUAAACUUGACACAACUCCGUGUGGGCUCGCAGGCAAACUAAAUUAAGACUUUGGUUUAUUUUACAAGUAAAAACGCGGGAUAGUGGAUUAAGUGAGUGAAUAUAUACAAUUGUGUUUUCUGUGUUGAUACGGGCGGUAUAUAUCUACAUAUUUCUUCCCAAGAAGGUGUUGUUUGACAACACGUCGACCAAAAUCCUCAACGCAAUCGGACGGAAAAGGGAAGAUCUCGGAGAUUUGUGAUAAAGCUGUAAAGUGCUGAAAUAAGGAGACCUUUGUGUGCGUGUAACCGUGUAAUGAUGCGCCACGUGUGUCGAGUGACCAGUGUGUUCGUGUGUGGUUGUGCGGGUGUUUGAGUGUGUGGGGUGCCAAUGCGAAGGCGGCGCGGGAGGGGGGCGGGGCGAGGUGUGCGGUGACUGCCCGCUGCACCAUGCGACCGCCGCUGCCGCUGCUGCUGCUCGCCGUGUGCGCUGCCUGCACUGCGCAGAUUGCGUGGACGCCCAUAUUCCUCGACGGCAGCAGUCAAGUAGACCUGUGGACGCAGUCGUCAUCGGGCUGCGCAUGCCCCGGCGGCGAUGGCGAAGACUGCGCAUGUUGUGUGCGGGACGGCGCUUGUCCAUGCGGGGAUGUCGCUCCUACGCGAUGCGCACAAUGCGGGCUCGAACAGUACUGCGCUAAUAUGUGCAACAUCACGAUCGACUCUCGGGUCCUCAAGAGCAAGUCCGGCAAGACGUUCGGUCAGAUCAAGUCGCCGUCUUUCGAGGGUCCCGGCGCGUGUUCCUACUUCCUGCAGCCAGACGCCGGCCAGCGUGUCGAGAUACAACUCUACAGACUCGUCUCCGUCGGCAAGUUUAAUGGAACGAGUUGCGUGGGAGGCUGGCUUCAGCUCGGCGGAGCAGGCGCAGUGCCCGCAGGUGGCGCCGCUGUGACAAGACUGUGUGGGGCCAACGAGCGGUACACGCCGCCAGUUGUACUGUUCGCCGAUCAUGGGGCCUCCACUUUAGAAUUUAGGAUAAUAGAAAAAACUGUAAGGUCACAGUUCCUCGCGUUCUUCAGUUUCACGUCUCUGAGUAAUACCCAAGGCGUCGGGUUUCACCCUAGGGGCGGCUCCCGGAUACCUCACACAGACUGCGACUGGCUGUACCAGGACGUGUCGUGUCGUGGUCCCGGGUCUUGUGUCCUGGCGAGUCCCGGAUAUCCCGGUCUAUAUCCUCCGCACCGCCGCUGCCGAUACCUCUUCGCAACCAACUCCGUUCACACCAGGGUCAAGAUUAUUUUCACAUCUAUAUUGUUGCCUAGAAAUCACUGUACGACGGACUAUCUGACGUUGAGGGCUGGUAGUUCGCCGUCGGCCUCUUUACUGGGGACUCUUUGUUCCGAGCGCUCGGCCACUCUCGAACACCCUGGGCCAAACCUGCUUCUGGAAUUCAAUUCCGGGCCAUUAGUGCCGCCGUACGACUACAACGGAUUUAUCGCGAAGCUGGAAUUUAUCGAGAGGAUCGACAGCAGUGGAUCCCCGCCCACGGUCGUGCCGGCCUCGCCGCCGCUGGCUGCACUCACACAUCACAUGCAACAUGCGGACAGGAUACCAGUAGAUAGUAGUGGGAUGACAAAUGAAGUGUCCGGGGGAAACGCGCGGGUGGGGUGCGGCGCCACGGUCCGGGGAUACGGCCCGGGCGGCGCCCGCUCCGGCCACUUCGACUCCCGGGCAUCGACGUGGCGCUCCCAAUGCGUCAUACACCUAGUGGGCGCACCUACCGACGUCGUCCAAGUAUCACUAUUUAAUUAUAAUCUAAGGUUACCAAGUUGUCGAUCUCAUAUUGAGGUUUUAGAAGGUCUGCACGAAUUUGGAGGAAGAGGAGAAAGGGACAGGUCCGAGCGUGGAGAUCGGGCUCUCUUAAGAGUAUGUGGACCGGCUGUGAGAGAAGCCAGGGAUCCUUCAGGCCGGUUCCUCAUACGACAAGCAGUGACGUCUAAAGGUGCUAACUUAACAAUCCUCGUACGAAGAGCCACCUCACAAACUCCUGACGAAGAAGAAUUUGUUGAUGGGGCCUUCGCCUUCCACGAUGAACAACACGAAGGCACAGUGUCCCCUGACGCGACGUGUGCGGCUACCCACUAUGGACUAGCGUCUCCCGCCCAUGGUGGAGUAUCAGCACCUUCUCAUCACCACAUAUUCUGGAACAUCGAGGAACGUCUGCUCUGCACGCAUCGGUUCAUUCCCGCUGCUAACCAAAGCGUUACUAUAGAGAUCCAACGUCUGGAGCGCAUGUGGAGCGCGGAGCCGACGGGCACGGUGGGCGCCGGCGGGUGCCGGACGGCGUGUGGCGACGCCGGCUGCGAGUGCCGCUCCAACACUGCGCUUUUCUACCACGACCAUAUCGCACUCGUGGCCGGGGAUGGCACGCACCUAUCCUGUUUGUGUGGUGACUUUCAGGCGGCCUGGCUGCCUGUUGUGGUGCGGAGUUGGACGAGCGUUCGGUUGGAGUAUUCGGUGGCUCAUUACACAUAUGCGAGCCGCGGUUUUGAUUACGCAGCCGCAUACAGUUUCAACGAUGACGCCAUGUGCGGUCAACGCACAUACACCACACAUUCUGGUGAGAUAUCGUCGAGGAACGUAUCAGUAACGGGAAGUCUGAACGAGUUUUUCUAUCAACAAUGCACCUGGGUACUAGAUUCUAACGUAGAGCGUCAGUUGUUCAUUGACAUCACGUCUGAACAGGAUAAGUCCUGCGGUUCAUGGAACAUCACAUUGCACGAAUGGUCGGGCCCCGGAGCGCAGAGCGAGGCUGGGCUGGCGGGGGCGGCCGGCGAGCUAUUGUACACCUUCUGUGCACGACAUAAGAACCACACUUACACGCUCCCGUGGCAGCUGAACACCGUAGUCAUUAGGUUAGUAGCUUUAUCGAGGCAGCAACCGCUGUACACGAUUCGGUGGCGGUCGCAGGUGGUGCGAGCCAACAACAGGCUGGGCCCGCCGACACCAGCGCCGGCCGCAUCCGCCGCCGCCGCAACCGUCGCAAUCACACGACUCCUUAUAUACAUCCUUUUAAUACCAAUCAUGACUUUUAAUACAAGACUUUGAAAAAAAUAAUAUUAAAAAAUACGACAGUUAUUUUGUCCCGCAGUGCUUAGACUUUGAAAUCAAUUUAAAAAGUGACUAUUUAAAGUGACCCGAAGUGUAUUCUGUCACCAGUGUAUAAAAAUUGUUUUUAAUAAAAACUGGUCUAACAAAAUGACGUGUGAAGUUGUUAGGAAUAGAAUUUCGAGUGUGUCCAACUUUGUUCAGUGUGACUGACAUCUAGUUUGAUUAUGAAACUGUGGAACGGUGUAUUUAAAAAGUAACGAAAAUAAGGUGCAGACGAAACAUGGCCAAGGUGAGAACAUGGUUUUUGUAUCGAUAAUGUACGCGUAUUUACUGGGUGUAAGUAAACUAUUAUUUGAAAAAUUAAUUGUAAAUGACCCCAAUGGUUGCGUACUAUUGUUAUUAGCAACACUGUAUCUAUAUCAACGUUUGGAGUGUAACAUUAUUUGAUACUUGAAAAAAUAUAACCAUACUUACAACUUUGUCAAAAACAAUUUGCCUAACAAGUUUUAAGAAAUCCAUGCAAGUACGGUCGAAAUUUGGUUGAUUCAUUUUGGGUUAUAAAUCUAACUGCAGGGAGCAACGCUCUGCUACAUGAAAACAAGGGCAUGAAUCAAACGGUUUGUGCGUCGAAAAUAUUCUAACCAGGGGUUGUUGAGACUGUUAUUUAUUGUAUUGGCUCAUGUAGACUCGGUCCUGACUAUAGUACCGAUACGUUCUCGAAAUGAAAGGUGCAUUCCCUAUCAAUAUAGGGAAUUUCCAGCGGUAAAACCGAACGCGAAUUUCGUUUGUGAUAUUUCCGUCGAGAUCGAAUCGAGUGCUAUGGCUCUUCGAUGUAUUGACUUAUUGGUGUGACGUAGGUUAAUAAGCAAGGAAUGCGAUCAUUGGACUGAGAACUGAUUCUUUAACGUAUAAAAAUUUAAACGCAGCCUCUGUAUUAAAAACACCUAAUUAAGUUUCGAAAAGUCAUUGAAAUCCGAUAUAAAAUUUUCAUUUGCUGACUUCAAUGUUGUUUGGUUUUCCAAAUAUGUUCAGAGGCCGAAGCAUGUUAUAUGUUUCCUUCAUUCAAUUACCUUGCUAAUUAACCUAAUAUCAGACAAAAUUUAGAUAAUAAGCGCAAACUGUAUAUGUAUAAUAUCGAUAGUGUGUAUGUUUGUGUAAAUAUUGAAUAUAUAAGCUUAAAACCAAAUUUUUAGAAUAGCAUAGAUUAACACCUCCAAAGACUAUGGAUAAGUAGGAAAAAUAAUAUUGCUUCAAUAAUUAUGCUGAUAUUUUUUAAAGCUUUAAAUCUGAUUAGUUCAAUUAUUUUAAAGUAGCAUGAAUGUUGAUAUAAAUGGCUGUUUAUUAAGUAAAUGUCUUACUGUCAAUUAUAAGUAAGUAGAAAUCGAAUAUGCAAUUGUUUAUCUCUGAAUUCUUCACUGUUUAUUACUUGUAUGUAAAUGUGCUUCUAUUGUAAAUUAAAUUUAUUUAAGUCACGGCGUUUUAACAGAAAUUCUAACCAUUACUCUUUUGGCUAUAUAGAUGUCAAAACGAAUCUCGCUAUACAGGGACAACACGAUCAUAAAAUACCGAAAAAAUUGAAUUGAAUCGUUGAAAAUCUAUUUCUAUAAAAUUAUAACUGCACAAAAAUAUUUAAAUUUGUAUCACACGCGAUUCAACAAACAAAAAAAUAAAAUUUUAUUAUUCGAUUGUGAAUUCGGAGCACUUCACAGGAAUUGAAUUACAAAAACAAAACACACACGAUCACAGUUGUAUUUUAAGGUUUGUCAAAAUAGAAUUAUAUCAAGUUGAGGCAGAAUAGGAAAUGUUUUCGCACGGUGUUUUAGAUGUUGUUUAUAGUAUUUGCUUACUUUUGUAACGCGGUUAAAACAAUUCUAACCCGUGCUAUCUGAUAUCGAAUGCAGUGAACUAUUUCAGUGACUGAAUAUUGAGGUUUGCAGCUAUUCUGAUAUUCACUACACAUGAAUACAAAACAAUAUGUAAGUUUCUGUUUUGUUUAUUUUUCAAUGUGUUGAUCACAGCUAUAACUUUCGAAACCUGAAAGUAAAUGAUGUUCUAGCCGAGACUAGUCGUUUUAGACAUCCAUCUUUACAAGCAAAGAAAGCAAAGCUUAGAACUCAACAAUUAAAAACAUUUUCCAUUAAAAGUAUACUUGUUAUCAACUGCUAAGAGUUCGUCAUCAUGAAAAUCAUCGUGUGUGAUCUCUGAUUUAUAUUAAUUUAGUUACGUUCAAUUUUUAAUAGUGAAUUUGCAACAUAAUUAACUUUUCAAUUAUGUAAUUAGAUCAUAAUUUAGCUUAGAUGUAAAUAGCACAAACAAGAUCUGCGUUGUUAUAAAUAAAUUAUGUUUUAGUAACGCAAAUGUUGUUUCUUAGAUUAAAUGAAAAGCUAACUUUAAUAGGUAGACGAUUCUACGUAUAAAUAUAUUGAAUAAUGUUUGUUACACUGAAAUAGAUAAAAUGAAAGCGA